GUGUGUGUGUGUGUGUGGAAUGAGCUGGGUCAUCGUAGUGACGGUAACACACACCGGAGGUUCAGCCUGAUGAUCGGCAACAGCUGCUGCUGCCAUGGAAACACAGGGGUGGGGUCAACCCUGGCAACGCUGCCGACACCGGAGACAGUGAGGAGGUUGCAGGCGGUUGCAGGCGGUUGCAGACGGUUGCAGACAAGAGGAGUCCAGUGCUGCAUGAUGCAGGAUGGCGCUGCUGCUGCCCCCUGUUGGUUCAGAGAUCUUCAGACGCUUCCAGCCUGACUCGCUGGAGAAAAUCCAACGACGACAUGAAGCCAAGGAGGAGGAGCAGCAUAGGAGGAAGGAGAAGAACAUAGAGGUAGCAGAAGAGGAUCUUCCUAAACCAGCAACUGAUCUGGAGGCCGGGAAGCCCCUCCCUUUCAUUUAUGGAGACCCGCCCCCUGAGUUCCUAAACACACCAUUGGAGGAGCUGGAUCCAUUCUACCAAUCUGAGCAGACAUUCAUCGUGCUGGGUAAGGGCAACACCAUCUUCCGCUUUAAUGCUGAGCCGGCAUGUUACCUGCUGAGUCCAUUCAGUCGUCUGAGGAUCACUGCCAUCAGGAUCCUCAUCCACUCUCUGUUCAGUAUGUUCAUCAUGGUGACUAUCCUGGCCAACUGCGCCUUCAUGACGCUGAGCAACCCUCCGGCCUGGAGCAAGAUCGUGGAAUAUGUGUUUACAUUCAUUUACACGUUUGAGGCCACGGUAAAAGUCCUCUCCAGAGGUUUCUGUAGGGGGAAUUUCACCUUCCUGAAGGACCCGUGGAACUGGCUGGACUUCAUGGUCAUCAGCAUGGCGUACCUCACUGAGUUUGUGGAUCUGGGAAACGUUUCUGUGCUGAGGACGUUCAGAGUCCUCCGAGCACUGAAGACCAUCACCGUGAUCCCCGGUCUGAAGACGAUAGUGGGAGCUCUCAUGCAGUCGGUGAAGAAGCUGGGUGACGUGAUGAUCUUGACGGUGUUCUGCCUCAGCGUCUUCGCUCUGAUUGGUCUGCAGCUCUUCAUGGGAAACCUGCGGCAGAAGUGUGUCCUGUUCCCCCCCCAGUUCAAAAACCAUACGUCUGACAUCAGACAGGGUUACGGUGUCAAUGACACCAACGUCAACAAUACAGGAACUGGCUUUGAUUACCACGAGUACAUCAACAACCCAGAGAACUACUACUACCAGUCGGGUCAGCUGGAUGCCCUGCUGUGUGGAAACAGCUCUGAUGCUGGGGUCUGUCCAGAGGGCUACGUGUGUCUGAAAGUCGGCAGGAAUCCUAACUAUGGAUACACCAGCUACGACUCGUUCGGAUGGGCCUUCCUGUCCCUCUUCAGACUGAUGACUCAGGACUUCUGGGAAAACCUCUUCCACCUGACCCUGAGGGCAGCAGGAAAGACCUACAUGGUGUUCUUCGUGGUGGUGAUCUUCCUGGGCUCCUUCUACCUGAUAAACCUGAUCCUGGCCGUGGUGGCGAUGGCAUACGCCGAGCAGAACGAGGCAACACAGGCCGAGAACCAGAAGAAGGAGGAUGAGUACCAACAGAUCCUGGACCUGCUGAGGACCAGGGAGGAGGAGCAGGCGGCAUGCAGAGCGGCGUUCUCAGAGAAACAGGAAGCAGAGAAGAACUCAUUAGAGAUAAAGAGCCACGAAGAAGAACACAAUGCCAUGGAAGACUUCGCCGAAGACCAGAGGCCGUGUCCUCCAUGUUGGUACGUCUUCUCCGACGUCUUCCUGAAGUGGAACUGCUGUGGCUGCUGGCGGUGGCUCAAGCUGUGGCUCUACACAAUCGUCAUGGACCCGUUCGUGGACCUUGGGAUCACUAUCUGCAUCGUCCUCAACACUGUCUUCAUGGCCAUGGAGCAUUACCCAAUGACGGAGGAGUUCGAGGAGCUGCUGAGCGUCGGGAACCUGGUCUUCACAGGGAUCUUCACGGCAGAGAUGGUGCUCAAGCUUCUGGCCAUGGACCCGUACUACUACUUCCAGGUCGGCUGGAACAUCUUUGACAGCAUCAUCGUCACCAUGAGUCUGGUGGAGCUCGGACUGGCCAACGUCCAGGGACUGUCUGUACUGCGCUCCUUCAGACUGAUGCGGGUCUUUAAGCUGGCUAAGUCCUGGCCAACCCUGAACAUGCUAAUAAAGAUCAUAGGGAACUCGGUGGGGGCUCUGGGGAACCUGACUCUGGUCCUGGCCAUCAUCGUCUUUAUCUUUGCCGUGGUUGGGAUGCAGCUGUUUGGGAAGAACUACAAAGACUGUGUCUGCCGCAUAAACCUGGACUGUGAGCUCCCUCGCUGGCACAUGACGGACUUCUUCCACGCCUUCCUCAUCAUCUUCAGGGUCCUGUGUGGGGAGUGGAUCGAGACCAUGUGGGACUGCAUGGAGGUCUCGGGUCAGACCAUGUGUCUCAUCGUCUUCAUGAUGGUGAUGGUAAUCGGAAACCUGGUGGUCCUGAAUCUGUUUCUGGCCUUGUUGCUGAGCUCUUUCAGCGGGGAUAAUCUGGCGGCCCCAGAGGAGGAAGGAGAAAACAACUUGCAAAUCGCCAUAAUCCGGAUUAACAGGGCUGUGUCCUGGAUGAAGAUGUGGGUCUUGGAACAGAUCUGGACUUUAAUUGGAAAGAAGAACCACGUGAGCCCAGACCUCAGUGUGGUGGAUAAAGAGGAGGACCAGCAAACAAAGGACUUGUUGGAUCUGACCUUCAUGAACUCUGAGGUCAAGUCCCUUGACUGUAACCAUGGCAACUUGACCAGCAACUACCGCAGCCUCCCGUUGCUAAGGGUCCCCAUCGCUGAGGCCGAGUCAGACCUAGAUUCGCGGGACAACGACGAUGAAGACAAGGACGAAGAAGAAGAAUGUGACGAGUCGUCCGUGUGCAGCACAGUGCAGAGACUCCCUGAUCUUCAGGAGGAAGAGGAGGAAGAAGAGCACGAUGAAAACACACCUGAGGACUGCUUCACUGACCAGUGUUAUCACCGGUGUCCGUUCCUGGACAUAGACACGUCCGCUGGUCGAGGUAAGGUCUGGUGUAACGUCAGGAGAACCUGUUUCUCCAUCGUGGAACACAACUACUUCGAGACGUUCAUCAUUUUCAUGAUCCUGAUGAGCAGCGGAGCUCUGGCGUUCGAAGACAUCUACCUGGAGCAGCGGCAAGUCAUCAAGACGGUCCUGGAGUACGCAGAUCAGGUCUUCACCUACGUAUUCGUGGUGGAGAUGCUUCUCAAGUGGGUCGCCUACGGAUUCAAGACCUAUUUCACCAACGCCUGGUGCUGGCUGGACUUCCUCAUCGUAGAUGUGUCUCUGGUGUCUCUGACCGCCAACAUCCUGGGCUACUCAGAGCUCGGGGCCAUCAAGUCUCUGAGGACGCUGAGGGCCCUGAGACCCCUGAGGGCCCUGUCCCGCUUUGAGGGCAUGAGGGUGGUGGUGAACGCUCUGGUCGGUGCGAUCCCGUCCAUCUUCAACGUGCUGCUGGUGUGUCUGAUCUUCUGGCUAAUCUUCAGCAUCAUGGGGGUCAACAUGUUUGCAGGGAAGUUUUAUUACUGUUUCAACGAGACGUCGGAGGAAAGAUUCCUGCCGGAAGAAGUCAACAACCGCAGCGAAUGUCUGUCUCUGAUGGAGGUUGGCAGCGAGGUGCGCUGGAAGAACGUCAAGGUGAACUACGACAACGUGGGGAUGGGAUACCUGUCGCUGCUGCAGGUGGCCACCUUCAAGGGCUGGAUGGACAUCAUGUAUGCAGCGGUGGAUUCCAGAGACGUAGAGUCCCAGCCGAAAUACGAGGAGAACCUGUACAUGUACAUUUACUUUGUCAUCUUCAUCAUCUUUGGCUCGUUCUUCACUCUCAACCUCUUCAUCGGAGUCAUCAUCGACAACUUCAACCAGCAGAAAUCAAAGAUGGGUGGGACAGACAUUUUCAUGACGGAGGAGCAGAAGAAGUAUUACAAUGCGAUGAAGAAGCUGGGCUCCAAGAAGCCUCAGAAGCCCGUCCCCCGCCCAGAGAACAAGUUCCAAGGGCUGGUGUUUGACUUGGUGACCACACAGUUCUUUGACAUCUUCAUCAUGGUGCUGAUCUGCCUCAACAUGGUGACAAUGAUGGUGGAGACAGACGAGCAGAGUGAGGAGAAGGAGAUCAUCCUGUACUGGGUUAACCUGGCCUUCAUCAUCGUCUUCACCGGGGAGUGCAGCCUGAAGGUGGUGGCUCUGCGGCAUCACUACUUUGCUGUGGGCUGGAACAUCUUCGACUUCGUGGUUGUCAUCCUGUCCAUCGUAGGCCUCCUCCUGGCUGACAUCAUAGAGAAAUAUUUUGUUUCUCCCACACUCUUCCGAGUGAUCCGAUUGGCUCGUAUCGGCCGAGUGCUACGUCUGAUUCGUGGAGCCAAAGGGAUCCGGACGCUGCUGUUUGCCCUGAUGAUGUCACUUCCUGCCCUGUUUAACAUCGGCCUCCUCCUCUUCCUCAUCAUGUUCAUCUUCUCCAUCUUCGGCAUGUCUAACUUCGCCUACGUGAGGAAGGAGGGGAUGAUCGACGACAUGUUUAACUUUGAGACAUUUGGGAACAGCAUGAUUUGUCUGUUCAUGAUCACCACGUCUGCAGGGUGGGACGGGCUGCUGAACCCUAUCAUGAACACUCCGCCGGACUGCGACCCCGAUGUGGAGCACCCAGGGUCGGCAGUCCGAGGAGACUGCGGCAGCCCAGGAGUCGGCAUCGUCUUCUUCACCACCUACAUCAUCAUGUCAUUCCUUGUAGUCGUCAACAUGUACAUCGCCAUCAUCCUGGAGAACUUCAACGUGGCGACUGAGGAGAGCUCAGACCCGCUGUGCGAGGAUGACUUUGAGAUGUUUUAUGAGACCUGGGAGAAGUUCGACCCCGGGGCCUCACAGUUCAUACAGUACAGCAAGCUGUCGGACUUCUGCGAUACCCUGAAGGACCCGCUGAGGAUCCCUAAACCCAACACCUUCAAGCUGAUUACCAUGGACCUGCCGCUGGUUCCCGGGGACAAGAUCCACUGCCUCGACAUCCUGCUGGCCCUCACUGCCCAGGUUCUGGGGGAUUCAGGAGAGAUGGAUGCUCUAAAAGCCAGCAUGGAGGAAAAGUUCAUGGCCAACAACCCCUCCAAGGUGUCGUAUGAACCAAUCAGCAGCACCCUGCGCAGGAAACAGGAGGAGGUGUCUGCGGUGAUCAUCCAGCGCUCGUACAGGAAGCACCUCCUGCGGCGCAGUGUCCGGCUGGCCGCCCACAGGUACAGGACGGGGGGGAGGGAGCCGGCGCCGGAGACCGAAGGCCUCCUCUGUGAACGCAUCAGUCAGCUGUACGGGAAGCCCCCCCCGCCCCAGGUGCAGCUGCAGAGUGACGUCCUGCUGCACGCCGCCCCCCCCCCUCUACCAUUUCCUGCCCGUGAUAACCUGAGGGAGUCAACUGUCUGAUGACAUCGUGUUGGCUCCUCUUUGGCUCAUUUAUAUUCUCAUUAUUACUGUUAUUAUUAUUUCUGAUUAUGUUAAUCCCUGUGUCGCCUCUUCCUGUGUGCGUCUGCUAACGCAGAAGAGACUUCAGAUGAUCUGAUCCUUUAUUAUGAAGCUGUUUCCUGUGGAGAACUCAGAGCGUUCCUCCAGACAGGAAGUGGAUGGAGCGAUGGAGCACUUUAUAUACAUUUAAAUAUGUAGAAUAUUAAAUACACACUGUGUAUUGGUGACUUUAGGCAAAGUGUUACUGAGUUGAUUUGGUAAAACUAUGGCCCUUUUAUUGAUUACUGAAACCAGAUCUCAUGUUCAACAAUAAUUUAUUUUUGGGAUAUUUAAUAGCCGUAGUCAAGUCAGUUUUAUUUUGGUAUGCCAACCUUAAGGAUCAGGAGCUUUCAAGCUUGUAAAAAUGUAAUAAAAGUGUGAAAAAUAUGUGAAUAGUUUCAAUAUAUGAAGAAUAUGGAUCAGGAAUAAAAAACAGUAUUUUUACUUUUAUAGAUUUAUAAUUGUAUAGUUGUGAUAUAAAAAUGAUCAACAGAUUAAAGUGUAAAUGUGUGAAUCAGUAAGAAACACCACAUAAAUAUAAUAUCUAUAUCUCAUAUACUCUGAUCAAUCAAAAUAAUGAUCAGAUUUAUCUGCAGCUUUUCUCCUUCCUCUCUGUGUUAUUCCAUGUUUUCUAUGAAGCGUUGAUAAUAAUGUCUCUGUGCGUCAAGCUUGAAAUCUUUUACUCGUUACUAAGGCUUCCUGUGAUUGGUGGAGUAAUCUGGCUGCUGAUUGGUCCAUCAGAAAUGUGAACGUAGAAAAUAUAAAAACAUAAAAUAAUGAAAUAAACAAAAAUA